AUGGGUGCUACCAAGAACAAGUACUCAGUCAUCCUACCGACCUACAACGAGCGGAGGAACCUCCCUAUCAUCACCUGGUUGAUCCAGAAGACCUUCAACGACAACAAACUGGAUUGGGAGGUCAUUAUCGUCGACGAUGGAUCCCCUGACGGCACCCUCGAGAUCGCGAAGCAGCUGCAAAAGCUCUACGGCCCCGAGCACAUCGUCCUCAAGCCUCGUGAGGGUAAGCUUGGUCUGGGAACUGCGUAUAUCCACGGCUUGCACUAUGCCACGGGCAACUUCGUCAUCAUCAUGGACGCCGAUUUCAGCCACCACCCCAAGUUCAUCCCCGAAAUGAUCCGCAUCCAGAAGGAGACCGACGCCGACAUCGUCACCGGAACCCGAUAUGCCAGCCGCGGAGACACCAAGGGCGGCGUUUACGGCUGGGAUCUCUUCCGCAAGUUCACGUCGCGCACCGCCAACCUGAUUGCCGACGUCAUGUUGAUGCCCGGCGUGAGCGACUUGACUGGGAGUUUCCGCUUGUACAAGAAGCCGGUGCUGGAGAAGGUCAUUACUAGCACGCAGAGCAAGGGUUACAGCUUCCAGAUGGAGAUGAUGGUGCGCGCCAAGGCUAUGGGCUACAAGGUUGCUGAGUGUCCUAUCACCUUCGUUGAUCGUCUCUACGGCGAGAGCAAGUUGGGAGGACACGAGAUCGUCGAGUACCUCAAGGGCGUCCUGAGCUUGUGGCUGAAUGUUUGA